AACUAUGUGGAUGUUUUCUUGGCCAUGUGCCAUUUUAAUUAUUUUGGCUUUUGCUGGUAUGGACACAGUAGCAAAGACCACACCGCACCCCAAAUUUAUGAAGAAAUCUGAGGGAAAAGAGAUGCCGAAGGGUCUAAAGCCGUCCAGUGGCCCACCUCCAGAAGAAGAGGAAAUUCCUUUCACAGAAGUGGCUGAAAUGGUGGAACCGACCCCCAACCCCCCAGCCCUAGAUUCUGCCUUCGGUACUGCCACUCUCUUCCCCUUUGAAAACUUCACUCUUGACACGGCUGAUUUUUUUCUGAAUUGCUGUGAUUGUUGUUCAUCUGUCCCAGGGCAAAAAGGAGAACCUGGAGAGACUGGAAAGCCAGGUCUUAAGGGAGAGGCUGGUGGAAUGGGGAUCCCAGGGCCACCAGGAAUUGUUGGACCCCCAGGUCCAAAAGGCCAGAAAGGAGAGAAGGGAUUUAAGGGGGAACGUGGGGACCAAGGAACAAGUGGAGCCCCAGGAUACCCGGGAAAACCCGGAGAACCAGGUGGCCUUGGUCCUAAGGGGGAGAGAGGAAACAUCGGACUGACAGGAGUGAAGGGGCAAAAAGGCUCCAAAGGGGACACGUGUGCAAAUGGUACCCAAGGAGAUAAAGGAGACCAGGGGGCUGCGGGCUCACCUGGCUUGAAUGGAGAGCCUGGGGCCAAGGGAGAGAAAGGGGAGAUGGGGGAAAAGGGCUGCUGUGGGGAGUCUGGGCAGAGGGGAGGGAAGGGAGAAAAAGGUGAGGAGGGUCUGAAAGGGGAAAAAGGUAGCAAAGGAGAUAUUGGAACAGAAGGCAAAAGCGGCCCGGAUGGCCUGCCUGGGGCCCCAGGGGAUCCAGGAGUUAAAGGAGAAAAGGGAGAGUUAGGCCCUCCUGGUCUUGCGGGGCCUGUGGGGCCAAAAGGUGAGGUUGGGAGCAAAGGGGUCCGGGGAUCUAUUGGCAAGAAGGGCUCUCGGGGCUUCAAAGGCUCCAAGGGGGAGGUGGCCAGAGUGCUGCGGUCAGCCUUCAGCGCCACUUUAUCGAAGCCUUUCCCUCCUCCCAACAUCCCAAUCAAAUUUGACAAGGUUCUCUAUAAUGACCAAGGGAAUUACAGCCCUGUCACUGGCAAAUUUAACUGUAGUGUUCCUGGCGCAUAUGUAUUUUCCUACCAUGUCACUGUGAGGGGCAGACCCGCUCGCAUCAGCCUGGUGGCCCGGAAUAAGAAGCAGUUCAAGUCCAGAGAAACGCUCUAUGGCCAUGAAAUAGACCAGGCCUCUCUUCUUAUCAUCCUGAAAUUAAGUGCAGGGGACCAAGUCUGGUUGGAAGUUUCGAAAGAUUGGAAUGGGGUCUAUGUCAGCCCUGAGGAUGAUAGCAUUUUUACUGGGUUCCUUUUGUACCCAGAGGAAAAUUCUGGAAUUUCACCAUAAACCGUGUCUUGAACACUGUAGUUUGGGUUCAGUGGAAUAAGUCAGGCAACACAGGUAGUGUUACUAAAAAGAACAACUUUCAUUAUGUUUUUCAUGAGUAUAAAAAUAAUACAGAAAAAAUAAGAAAAAUAUUGUAUAACCUAAAGUCAAUUACUCUGCCUAUUUUAAGACAUCACUUUAAAAAAUAUAUUUAUAUGUAUUGGAAACAUGUGUCUAUUAAUUUUGUAGUUAGCUUUUUUCAUUUAGCAUUAUAAUGCCAUUUCCCAUGCCAUUUAAAUAAUAUCUGCAUAUAAAAUAUGAUUGACAUCUGUAAUUAAUAAAUAUAUUCUUACCAAA